AUGUCUGAACUGCCGUCCAAACGGCAGAAGCUCGAACACCGUUGGAUUUUGACGCAGGUCAGUGACUUGAGUGUGCCUGACGAUGUCAAGAAUGCCGCCGCAAAUGCUUACCAAGAGCUUGACGCGGAAGAUGUAAGAGGUGCUUCUUUUGAGGACCUAGCUGCCCUUUUGCAAACAGAGGAUACGAAGGCGCGCGCUGCUGUCAUUUUGCGUUUGCGGAACAGGCUCCGCCCCACAAGUCAAACAGCAGAACCGGCUGAAGCACCGAGUCCUACCGCGGCAUUGCCAAAGCCCACGGAGGCGGACGUCGAACUGCCCGAUUUGGCGGUGCUGGCGGUGAACAAGCUCUUGGACGUUUCAGGUUUCACGAAAUUGUUGGCAUCAAAUACGGAGGCGACCCGACCCAUUUUCCUGCGCAAACACCUGCUCGAUGUGCACAAGGUGGCGGUUGAUGUUUUGUCCGCUAGUGUUGAAGAGGAUGCCAAGCGCUUGGUCUCCUUGGUCGGAUGCCCCGGAACUGGCAAGACGUGGUGUGGGUGGUUGGUUGCCCAUGCCUUGCAGAAAGCAGGGAGGAGGACACUGCAUGUCACCAUCAGAGGCAAUGAGGUGAUUGUGGUGUCCGAGUUCAAGAAGAAGAAGAAGUCGUAUGCCAUCAAAGACUGGAACUACUACAUGCUUUUGCAAGUCCUGACCGAGAACCCGUGCGAUGUCUGCAUCAUCGAUGUGGGGAACAAGCUCCCCAUUCAAACCCACGAUAUUUUUCAGGGUGUCCGCACCAUUCUGGAAAGCAGCGCUGAGCCGAAGCCCUUCCCGAAGGUCAAGUUCAUGGGCUUGGUUUCUGGACACGGCGAGGAGAGCAUAGUCGGCAAAGAAGCUCGGGACAAGUUUACACAGAGGCUUGUUCUGUGGAGUUGGUCCGAGAAUGAGUUCAACGCGUAUCGCAAGGCUAUCAAGACUGCAGGUGCUGAGAAGUUAGGGGAGACUAUCUACAGUAUUUGUGGUGGUAGCGUUCGUUAUUGGUUUGAUCCCAAAGAGGACCAGUCCAAGAUUGACAGGGACGUGGAGCAACUAAGCCCUCAAGACAUGCAGAACUUCUUGACGCCAUUUCAUCGCUCCACAUCCAACGCGAAUCACCACGAGCACUCGCGAUUGUUGGCUUUCUUUCGCAUUCCCGACACAAAAAGGAAAAAAACACCCGAGAAUGAUUUCAAGCGUGGUGUUGUGUCCGCUUACAUCGUGCCUCGCUCAGACUACGUUAUUCGCAGCAUCAGGGCGCACAAGAGAGGCACUUUCUCCCAAAUGAAGAAGAUGUAUGAGGCGCUGCUGCCUCUGAACCCGGGCGCUGCAGGAACGCCGUUUGAGAUUCUCGUGCGUUACUUCUGGGAGGUGCAGACGACUAUCGCGGUGAAGUGUGCGGAGUUGAAGCCCGUGGCUGAAUGUGAGCCUGUUGAGCAUUGGGACAACAAAGGUUCUGUGGAUACGAACCUGUUUGGUUAUUUCACUCCGGAUAACAAAAGCAACUACCCCAGACUGGACAGCAUUUUGCGCUACAAGAGUGGCCGUAGCGCAAAGGUUCUUGCAAUCCAGGUGAGCAUCGGAGAGGAGCACAUUCAAGGCGCCAAACCCAAAAACGCGUUGGUGCAGGAGAAGCUCGCGAAAGGCUUGAAGACAAAACUGGCACUGUGGGAUCACCGCGACAAUGGCAGGAAGUGUGUGUGGAAAAGCCACGCGUCCAAGGAUUGGGACUUGGUUUAUGUUCGCUGUAAAGAGUUCGAUGCCAAGAUGAGGCAAAGUUGA